UAAAGCUCUUUAGACGCUUUCGUGUAUAUUAGCCACUGUGUUUUAAACCCACUUCUGUCGUCUACUUAGUUAUCCGAUUUAAUUUCAUAUUUACGGUGUUGUUAUUAUUCAGCUGAGGGCUGGUUAAGUUAGCAUUAGCCUAGCUAGCUAACAUCCCCGACCAUGCGGUCACCAGGCUACUCUCCUUCUAAAGAGGAAGAUAUCACAGUAAAACAAGAAGUAGAGGGUGAGGCCGUUACUGUGAAAGAAGAGGAAGACGCGUUAAGAGUGAAAGAGGAGGAGGAUGUUACAGUAAAAGGAGAGGAAGAUAUAGUUUAUGGCGUGAAAGAGGAGGGGGUGGAGAUGACUGUUACAUCGAAAAAGGGCCCGGUUUCCCAAACGCAUCUUAAGGCAUCCAAUGGUUCUAACGAUGAAUUUAGCCAUAAGAUGGUUUUGAUAAUCCGUUCCCUGAUUAACACUAGAGAGAUACUUAACUAUCUUGGAUCCUCUGGGGAGCCUCAACAACCUUGUGAUGCUGAAGAGGCAGAGAAGAGACUCUCCAGAUCAGAACCCCUCAAGAAACACCUGCAGAGAUCCACAGGGAAGAGAACUCACUGCUGCUCUGACUGUGGGAAGAGAUUCACCUCAUCAGGCAUUAACAUUCAUCAGAGAACACACACAUGAGAGAUACCUUAUAUCUGUGGUCAA